UUCAGGAGACUUUUGAUAAAAUACAUUAUUCUUUCUUCUAGUUUUUUUUAUAAGCAAAAAUUUAUUAAUAUAUUUGCAAAGUAGCACCAGACAUGCAAAACCAAUUUAGCACAAAAUAAAUAGGAAAGUAAGAAUGAUGGGGAUUUUUAAUACUCAUGCACAAGGUCAAUGAAUCAAUAUUAUGAGUUAUGACACUAUCUUUGUUGCAAAACAUUUCUGGAAUGGGAAGGAAAUCUUCAUCACAACUCAUCAAUAUUCUGUGCUUCAAUAUUAUCUUGCAAUUGUUAGCAUGUUCAAGGGUGCAAAGAAGCUAUUCCUUAGAGCCACAAAGGACCAAUAAUAUAAGUAUAGGUGCUGUUCUUGAUUUGGUUUCAUUAAUGGGAAAACACCAGAAGAUAGCAAUGGAAAUUGCAGUGGAAGAGUUCAACAACCAAUCUAGUUCUUCCAAGCUGAAUUUGCAGAUAAAAGAUUCACAUGGAAAUUCUGCUCAAGUAAUUGCAAGUGUUAUGGAUCUCUCACAAAGAAACCAAGUGCAUGCCAUCAUAGGAACUAUCACACACAAUGAAGCAACACUGGCAAGUGAAUUCAGUGACACAAUAAAGAACAUUCCAAUCAUGUCUCUAACUUCAUUCGCAGCCAAACCAGAAUUAUUAUCUCCAAGAUUGCCACAUUUCAUUAAAGUAGGGGAUGAUAUUAACCUUCACAUGCAAUGCAUUGCAGCAAUUGUAGGAAAAUUCAAAUGGAAAAAGGUGACAGUAAUUUAUGAACUUAAUAAUGACUUGGCCUCGGAUCCGGGGAUACUACUAAGCCUCUCUUAUUCCCUUAGACUUGUUGGUUCUGAGAUUGAUAACCAUUUAGCUUUUCCUUCGUUAGCAACUCUUUCAGAUCCAAAAUCUAUGAUUGAAAAAGAGCUUAAUAGCUUGAAAAAGAAGAGUAAUAGGGUAUUCUUGAUUGUUCAUUCUUCUUUAGAGUUGGCUAACAUUCUUUGUGAAAAAGCAAAAGAAAUAGGUUUGAUGGAAAAAGGUUCGGCGUGGAUUAUCCCGAAUGAAGUUGCUGGCCUUCUUGAUUCAGUUAACUCUUCUGUUAUCUUCAACAUGCAAGGUGUUGUUGGAUUUAAAACACACUUUAUGGAAAUGAAUGAGACCUUUAGAAAAUUUAAAUUCAAAUUCCAAAGAAAGUUUGCACUAGAAUACCCUGAAGAAGAUAGCAUUAACCCAAGUAUCUUUGCAUUUCAAGCAUAUGAUGCAACUAAAGCUAUUGUUGAAACUGCAAAAAAAUCAUCACAAGGAAAGUUAAGACUUGAAGAAAUCUCCGAAACGAUUUUGUCACCAACCUUCAACAUAAUUAAUGUGAUAGGGAAAAGUUAUAGAGAAAUGGCAUUUUGGUCUCCAUCACUUGGUUUUUCCAAGAACAUUGCUGGCUAUAAUAAGGCAAUGGAGAUAAAUACAAAUAAUGAUGAUUCGAAUGAAGUUUUCAAAACAGUUUAUUGGCCUGGAGAAUUAUUAUCGGUUCCAAAGGGUCACAAUAAUGAGGAAAGGUUUUUGAGAAUAGGAAUACCUUCCAAUGGUGCUUUUUCUCAGUUUGUGAAUAUGGAAUAUGACCAGAGCAAGAACGAAACUUUCUUCUCUGGUUUCUCAAUCAAUGUCUUUGAAGCAGCUGUCAAACGCUUACCUUAUGAUUUAAAUUACAACUUUUCUCCCUUCGGAGGCUCCUAUGAUGAAAUGGUUGAUCAAGUCUACAAUAAGACAUUAGAUGCUGCUGUUGGUGAUACAUCAAUAGUGGCAUACCGAUACCAUUUAGUGGACUUCUCACAACCUUAUGUUGAAUCUGGCCUUCACAUGGUGGUUACCGAACAACCGGAAAAAUCGAAAGAAACAUGGAUGUUUUUGCAUGCCUUUAAAAAAGAGAUGUGGCUGAUGAUGAUAGCUAUGCAUAUUUUUCUUGGAUUUGUUAUUUGGCUGAUUGAAAGAGAAGUAAAUGAAGAUCUAAAGGGAUUAGGGUCUAUGCUUUGGUUUUUAGUCACUGUACUAUUUUAUGCACACAGAGAACCAAUAAGAAGACCCUUAGCACGAGUUGUGCUGACACCAUGGUUCUUUGCUAUUUUCAUUGUGACAAAUAGUUUCACGGCAAGUUUGACAUCCAUAACUAUUUCACAAGUAAAGCCAUCGGUGUUAAAUAUCGAGACCCUUAAAGAAAGAAAUUCCCCGAUUGGUUGUGAUGGAAAUUCUUUUAUUGUCAAGUAUUUGACUGAAGUACUACGUUUCAAGCAUGAGAACAUCAGAAAUUUCAGUUCCAUUAAUGACUACCCUGCUGCCUUUGAGAACAAGGAAAUAGAAGCCGCCUUUUUUGUCGCACCUCACGCUAAAGUAUUUCUAGCAAAGUACGCAUGUAAGGGCCUCAUCAAAGCAGGGAACACUUUCAGGCUUGGUGGCUUUGGUUUUGUGGGUUUCUCUCCUCUCAUUGUCACUGAAUUUUUGACAUGUUUGGUAGAAGUGAAAUUGGGGUAUUUCCAAAAGGUUCGAGUCUUGCGGCAGACAUAUCAGAGGCAGUGUUGAAUAUGAUAGAGAGUGGAGAAACAGAAGAACUAGAAAAAGAUAUGUUGAAUGAGAUUGAGAAUGAAAGCAAAGCCAAUUGUUCUUCUUUAGAGAGAAAGGGAAAAAAUAAUUCAUCCAUAGGCCUUUCGCCUUUCCUUGGUCUAUUUUCGAUCUGUUCGACUUUUGCUAUUCUUGCUUUAUCAUAUCACGUGAUUUGUUUGUUGGUGAAAAAUGUAGAGACCUUAAAGAAUUACACAAUAUUAACAUUAAAACAGUUAUGGAGAAUAUGGAGAUGGACAACCAAUUUUUUUUCUCGGUGCUGUUCGAAACUCCAAUCAAGGAUCGUGACAAGAGUACGUAGUUGCACAGAAACAAGAAAUGCAGAAGAGAAUGUCACAAAUAGCCAGCAAAUCCCAGUGGUGAUUGAGCUUGUUGAUAGUGUACUGGCUGCUCAUGCUUCAUGAACAUUUCAUGUUUCAUACUACUGUAAAAAUUAGAUUAUUAUGCUGCCAAAUAUUUAAAGAUAUUGUAUAAUUAAUUUUAAUUAGAUACUAUGACAGGUUUUGUUGAUGGUUUGUAAUGAGCUAGGUACAAAGAUUAGUUAUUUUGUGUUAGUUACAUUAUAACUAACUUCGGUAACUAGUUUUUCUUUUGUUGUUCAUCAGCAUGUAUGCAUAUGUAAAUACUAAUUAUUGUAAGAAUUAUAACCAUGAUCAUGCAUAUGAAUGCAGCACUAUAUC